AUGUCUGAGCUUAUCUCCCCUCCGCCCUCGACCCCCGGUCUCCGUAUGACCCAAACCCAGAAGGAUCUGAUUGGGGGCAGUAUAGGUGGGAUCGCGCAGGUCUUGGUCGGGCAGCCGUUUGAUAUCGUCAAGGUCCGAGUGCAGACCGCUGCUCCUGGCGUCUUCUCCAGUCCGCUCGAUUGCGCUACCAAGCUCUUGAAGGCUGAUGGCGCUCGCGGCUUCUACAAGGGAACACUCACUCCCUUACUCGGUAUCGGCGCCUGCGUUUCGAUCCAAUUCGCAGCCCUCGAGCGAGCCAAGCGGUUCUUCAACGGCCGGAAUCCUGUAGGAGCUGAGCUGGGUCUUGGCCAAUUAUGGGCAUCCGGAGCGUUCGCAGGGGUAGCGAACACGGUGGUUGCGAAUCCUGUUGAACAUAUCAGGAUACGACUCCAGACUCAGCCCGAAGUCACUCCCAAGCUGUACGCUGGACCCCUCGACUGCGCCGUCAAGCUGUAUCGGCAAAAUGGCAUUGCCGGGAUCUUCAAGGGACAGGUAGCUACCAUGUGGAGAGACGGUAUUGGAUAUGGAUCAUACUUCAUGGCGUACGAAUACCUCGUUCAGCGGCAUAUCCGCGUCAACGGCGUCAAGCGGGAAGAUAUCUCGCCAUUAUGGGCCGUCACUUUCGGUGCUGCAGCGGGGUACGCUCUUUGGGCCAGUGUCUACCCCAUCGACGUCGUCAAGUCGAAGCUCCAGACCGACUCACUUGACCCUGCCAAGCGGCAGUACAAGGGUAUGGUCGAUUGUGCGGUCCAGACGUUCCGGAAGCAGGGCUGGAGGGGGUUCACGGGCGGUCUUGCGCCGACACUUAUACGAUCACCGUUCGCGAACGGGGCCACGUUCGUAGCCUUCGAACUGGCCAUGCGGGCCAUGGCUUGA